CCACGCGACAAGUGGAGAUCCUCAAGUCAGGUUAGGUAGCUUGGAAGUCGCGACGGAGAUAGAUACGUGAAGGAUCACCGAAUAGUCAACUUCGAGAAGGAAAGAACAAAGUGUAUCCUAGUUUCAUAUUCUACCUCCUACUUGGGGAAGGCACACUUUCUUUAAAACAACUCGAGAUUUUUCGAUGAUCUUGAUAAAGCAAAGUCGGGUUGGCCGUGUCUUGCAACAACAAAGAUCCAUUGCAAUUAUCCAGGACCACAUCCGACUGUAAUGCAUGAUCCAGUCGUAAAUUCAUGUACCCACUCCGCCACUCUAGGUACUCAGUGCCUCAUCUCGAUUCUGCAAACUGGGGAAAAGCGAACCCCAUUCAGCACCUAAAAGAGAAAGGUUCAAUUUUGACCCACAAGGAGUCAAGGGCUCAUACGAAAGUCUACUUUACGGCUCUGUGUCAUUCAUUAUUAUCUAUUGUCCAUAGGGGCCUUGUAUAGGGGUCCUUUACGAACUGAGGUAACCUAGACGUUUUGUAUUUUGAUGGCCAUUCAACAAAUACAAAAUGCCUGCUCUUGUCAGGUCCAACUCCUUCAUUUUCCCGGACCUGGACUUUACGCUACGCCGCCAAUUUAAUAAGACUAGCUUCCGUCCAUUUCAGAGAGAGAUCAUACAAGCCGCGUUAGAUGGAAACGAUGUUUUCGUUCAAGCAGCAACCUCUUUUGGCAAGAGUUUAUGCUUCCAACUUCCGGCCGUAGUUGAUCAGGGCAUCACUAUUGUUGUGUCGCCACUGUUGAGUCUUAUGAUGAAUCAGGUGGAAGCACUCCGGGCUGCCGAUAUCAACGCUAGUUCGCUGAAUAGCAACACACCUUUGCCAGAGAAAGACCGUAUCAUGAAUGAUCUGAAAACUGGUCAUCCACGUAUUCGAUUACUCUAUGUCACCCCAGAACUUUGUGCCCAAGACCGUUUUCGGAACAGGUUGAGGGUGGUUCAUGAACAGCGAGAGCUUGCGCGCAUCGUCAUCGACGAAGCCCACUGCAUUUCAGAAUGGGGGCAUGACUUUCGUAAAGAUUUCAAGAGACUAGCAUGGUUCCGUGAAUCAUUUCCCGAUGUGCCGAUUAUGUGCUUGACAGCGACAGCCAAUAGUCAAAUACGCAAGGAUGUACUUAGCAUUCUUGGAUUGGAUGCUAACAUAGAAAGGUUAAGAACAUUCACAAUGACAGCUCAUCGACCAAAUCUCCAUUUUGAGAUUCGAUUUACACGCGAUGAGGAUGAUCGACGAUUAGACGAUUUUCUUAAGUGGAUACGGAGCGUCUAUCAGCGUAGAGCGAAGGAUGACCGGAGAAGCGAGCUCGAAGCCCUCGGUGAGCGUGCUGAUAAUGUCCCAGGUAUUAUCUACACCAUCUCGCGGGACGAAUGCGAAAGCCUCGCUUCACAACUUAGACAGGAGGGUAUUGGAGCCCAGCCGUUCCAUGCCAAACUAUCUAAAGAGACCAAAGAACGAGUUCUCGCCAAAUGGGUUUCCAAUGAGCCUGGAUACGAUAUAAUCGUGGCUACAACUGCGUUUGGCAUGGGUAUCGACAAAAACAAUGUCCGUUUUGUUGUACACUGGCGGCUUCCUAAAUCCUUCGAAGGGUAUUACCAAGAAGCUGGACGGGCUGGGCGCGACGGUAAUGCAGCAUACUGUUUCCUAUAUUACAGCCGCGAAGACAGGGACCGAGUCAGCAGUUUGAUCAUACGAGACCGAUCGACGUCAACCACAAUUUCAUGCUCUAACUUUGAGGCACGCGCAAAGAGUUUACAAGCGCUUGCCGAAUAUUGUGAGAGCACAAAUGCUUGCCGUCAUAAGCUUAUCUGCAACUAUUUCGGGGAGAAUGAUACCCCGCCAUGUGAUUAUGCGUGCGACUGGCACAAGGAUAGUGUUGAUCUCCAACGGCGCUUCCUCAGAGGUCUGGCAAGCGAGGAGUGGGUCAGCACGCAAAGAGAGGAAGGUCUGUAUGAUGUAGAUUGGGACGAUUAAUUUACACAGAAUUCCGGUUGGUAAAAUAGGUCAGACUCAUCGUGUAACAUCUGUGUCGGCGUCUGACAUGAAUAAGAGGGCGAACCAAUAUAGGGACGAUGCUGGUUCUUAGGCAUGACAUACUGCAUCCCUCCAAUCGGCUCAAUUGUCAAUUUGGACCCCGCAUAACGUCUGCCCUCUCAACAGUCCGCAGCUCC